UAAUCUCCGGCCUUAGUUCUUCCUGGGCAAACAUCACAAAAUACUUCACCAUAACCUCAUCUUUGAAGAAAUGGAGAACCAGGGAGUUCUGACCCAAGAACCCAAGAGUCUUUCCCUGUCCGGCAGUGGACGAAGAAGCUGUGACAGUUAUUCGAGUUCGACGGAAUUUGAGUUCUGGAUGGUACGAAACCCGUCUUGUCCACAGCCCGAUCUUCUCUCAGCCGAUGAACUCUUCGUUAAUGGCGUCCUCCUCCCUCUCGACCUUCUACCCACCAAGCAACCGGAUCCGAAUCCACCUCCUGACUCGGAUCCUUCCUCCUCUCAACCUGCUGGUCCUGGCCUAGAACCUGAACGAUACCCAGAUUCCGAACGUGGUUCUCGUUUAAUUUCCGAUCCCGUUACGGCUAUUUCAGCUUCGAAACGGUGGCGAGACAUUUUUAAGAAGGAUAAGGGUAAAGGCGGCACGACGAAGAAACACGAGGUGGAAGAGGGAGAGAAAGGGAAAGAGAAGAAGAAGGAGAAGAAGAGCCAAAGCCAAAGCCAAAGCGGGGUGAAUCCGGCGGAGUUGAACAUCAAUAUAUGGCCAUUUUCACGUAGCAGAUCCGCCGGAAACAGCGGGACCCGACCCAAGAUGAGCGGGUCUUUACUGAACCGGAAGGUAAGCAGCGCUCCUUGCUCGCGGAGCAACUCGGCCGGCGAGUCCAAUAUGAGGGUUAAAUGGCCAAGUAGUCCGGGUCGGACCGGGGUGCAUUUGGGUCGAAGCAGCCCAGUUUGGCAAGUCCGGCGUGGGGGCUCCGGACUAAAGAGCUUCGAUGGAUUAAUCCGGAACCGUGAAAAGGGGCAUGGCUCUGGUAUAAACGAAGUCACGGAGUCUCGCCGGAGUAAAAACAUCGGCAAUGGCGGUAAAGCUCGGGUCUUGAACCUGAAUGUUCCCAUGUGUAUCGGUACCCGGCAUAAUUUGAGCUGUAGAAGUGACGAGAACGGUGCCGUCGAUGUGGGUACUCGCACCGACAAUAGCUGCAGCAGCAGCGGCAGCAAUGGCCAGCCGACCACUGUCGGAGGUGGUGGCACUGGUAGUCUCUUUAAUCUAAGAAAUCUCUUUACUAAGAAAGUGUAUUAAAAAUUAACCUAUUCUCUAUUUCUCAUGUCAAAGUAAUUAUUGUUUUUUUUUUUUCUUCCUUCUUAUGUAUAAAAUUAAUUGUAAUAU